UUGGUCGGGGCGCGGAUCCCGAGAGGGAAAGUCAUAACAACCGCACGAGGGAGUUCGUCUGGCGAGCUGGAAGGCCACGCCUCCUCCCGCCUCCCCCCGCAGCCCUGUAGCUGGGGGCAGAGCUCAGAUUUUAUUUAUCUAUUCAUGAGAGACACAGAGACAGAGAGAGAAGCAGAGGGAGAAGCAGGCUCCACACAAGACUGUCUUCUGAAGAUUGAUGUCUAUUUCCUUGAGCUCUUUAAUUUUGUUGCCAAUUUGGAUAAGCAUGGCACAAAUCCAGCAGGGAGGUCCAGAUGAAAAAGAAAAGACAACAGCACUGAAAGAUUUAUUAUCUAGGAUUGAUUUGGAUGAACUAAUGAAAAAAGAUGAACCACCACUUGAUUUUCCUGAUACCCUGGAAGGAUUUGAAUAUGCUUUUAAUGAAAAGGGGCAGUUAAGACACAUAAAAACAGGAGAACCAUUUGUUUUUAACUACCGAGAAGACUUGCACAGGUGGAACCAGAAAAGAUACGAAGCUCUAGGCGAGAUUAUCACGAAGUAUGUAUAUGAGCUCUUGGAAAAGGACUGUAAUUUGAAAAAAAUCUCUAUCCCAGUAGAUGCCACUGAGAGUGAACCAAAGAGUUUUAUCUUUAUGAGUGAGGAUGCUUUGACAAAUCCACAGAAACUGAUGGUUUUAAUUCAUGGUAGUGGUGUUGUCAGGGCAGGUCAGUGGGCUAGAAGGCUUAUUAUAAAUGAAGAUCUGGACAGUGGCACACAGAUACCUUUUAUUAAGAGAGCUAUGGAUGAAGGAUAUGGAGUAAUAGUACUGAAUCCCAAUGAAAACUAUAUUGAAGUAGAAAAGCCAAAGAUACAUGUACAGUCAUCGUCUGAUAGUUCAGAUGAACCAGCAGAAAAACGGGAAAGAAAAGAUAAAGUCUCUAAAGAAACAAAGAAGCGACGUGAUUUCUAUGAAAAGUAUCGUAACCCCCAGAGAGAAAAAGAAAUGAUGCAGCUGUAUAUCAGAGAAAAUGGUUCUCCUGAAGAACAUGCGAUCUAUGUAUGGGACCAUUUCAUAGCCCAAUCUGCAGCUGAGAAUGUGUUUUUUGUUGCUCACAGCUAUGGAGGACUUGCUUUCGUUGAACUGAUGAUUCAACGAGAAGCAGAUGUAAAAAGUAAGGUAACUGCUGUGGCGUUGACAGACUCUGUUCACAAUGUGUGGCAUCAAGAAGCAGGCAAAACGAUUCGAGAAUGGAUGAGAGAGAAUUGUUGUAAUUGGGUCUCUAGCUCAGAACCAUUAGACACAUCAGUGGAGUCCAUGCUGCCGGAUUGUCCCCGAGUCUCAGCAGGCACCGACCGUCACGAGCUGACGUCCUGGAAGAGCUUCCCGUCCAUCUUCAAGUUCUUCAGCGAGGCGUCGGAGGCGAAGGGCGGCUCCCCGAGGCCGGCCCCGACGCGGCGCUCCCACCGACUGAAAGCACGAGGAGCUGUGAGGGGCGGCGGGCGCGGAGCGGGGGCGCGGCCGGGCGGGCCCCGGGCCCUCAUUAGCUCGCUUUCCUCCCGGAGCAGGGGUCGUGAGACGGUCGGCUGCGGAGCGCGCUGCAUUAUUUCUAGAUGAGCGCACCUGCCCCAG